AUGUACCAAUGUGGGAAGUGCUACGUGCACUUUGUCCCCGCAGUGACAGAAACAACCAAAAAUAAUUUAGAGCUCCACGGUCUGUUAACUGAGCUCACACCUAAACAAGUUCCUCAGAGGAUUCACAGCCGUGAAGCUUCCACAACCAGUGGCUCGGGGUAUCUGGACUGUUUACACCAAAUCGCAAAUUUAGAGCUCCACGGUCUGUUAACUGAGCUCACACCUAAACAAGUUCCUCAGAGGAUUCACAGCCGUGAAGCUUCCACAACCAGUGGCUCGGGGUAUCUGGACUGUUUACACCAAAUCGCAAGGGACCGGCACACGCGGUGCGCGCUCUGUGUUGUCUGCGCGUGUGUAUUACCGAAGAUCAUUGAGCCGUCCGUCAGCCAAUGGGUGCUGCCACCGCUGACUUCAACUGGUCGGGCUCGGUGUGCAGAGGCAGUACUGCCGCUACUGAGCUCUGCUGCGGGACUCGGUAUGCGGGGGGUGGAGGCGGUGCUGCCGCUCGGUGUGCAGGGGGUGGAGGCACUGUGCUCUGCUGGCCUGGCGCGGGGUGUGGGAAGAGUGGAGUACCUCAGCCCUGCUCCUGACCUGCUCCUGACCCGCUCCCCAGCCCCCUGUCCUUGGCCCAAUAGCGACUGCAUGGGUCUCUAUGGUGGUGAUGUUGGUCCUCAAAUGCUUGCAGAGAUGAAAGAAACGAAUCUUGUUCUGAAAGAAGUUCGGGAACUCCUAAAACAGCAGAUAAAAGAAAUAACAUUUGUGAAAAACACAGUAAUGGAAUGUGAUGCUUGUGGAAUUCACACAACAGCCACUGGCCCAGGUAUUGUUGUUACGGCUUUUUCAAAAAGAUGUGAACCUAAUCCCUGCUUUGCUGGAGUUCCCUGCACAGAAAUGGGCUCCUCAUUCCAAUGUGGACCAUGUCCCCCUGGCUAUUUUGGAAAUGGAACACACUGCACUGAUAUUAAUGAGUGCUCUGUGAAUCCAUGCUUUCCCCGUGUCCGCUGUGUCAACACAUCUCCUGGAUUCCAUUGUGACCCAUGUCCUAUUGGUUAUAUAGGAAAAAGGGUAGAAGGAGUUGGGCUGGAGUUUGCUAAAGCAAAUAAGCAGAUGUGUCAGGAUAUAGAUGAAUGUGGAAGUGGAAGCAAAGUGUGUCCUGCCAACACUGUCUGCACAAACACCAAAGGUUCAUACAAAUGUACAGCCUGCAAGACAGGGUCAGGAGGCAAUCAGAAUUACGCCUGUAAAACAGAAAGAAGGUGCCCAAAUGGAGAGAUUAGCAAGUGUCAUGAAAAUGCAGAUUGUAUUAUGGACAGUGAUGGAACCAUAGCCUGUGUGUGUAAAGUUGGAUGGGCAGGAAAUGGACUGAUGUGUGCCAAGGACACAGACAUUGAUGGAUUCCCAGAUGAAAAGUUAAGAUGUUCUGACUUGAGAUGUAAAAAGGACAACUGUGUAACUGUGCCUAAUUCUGGCCAGGAAGAUGCUGACAGGGAUGGAAUUGGAGAUGCAUGUGAUGAUGAUGCUGAUGGAGAUGGGAUACCAAAUAUUCAGGAUAACUGCGUCUUUGUUCCCAAUGUGGAUCAGAAAAAUGCAGAUCAGGAUAAUUUUGGUGAUGCUUGUGAUAACUGUCGUAAUGUAAAAAAUGAUGACCAGAAGGACACUGACCGAGAUGGAAAAGGAGAUAUCUGUGAUGAUGACAUGGAUGGAGACAAAAUUAGGAAUGCCAUGGAUAACUGCAAAACUGUCCCAAAUGCAGACCAGAAGGACACAGAUGGUGAUGGUGUUGGUGAUGUAUGCGACAGCUGUCCCACUAUUCGCAACCCAGACCAGGCAGAUGCCGACAAUGACUUAGUGGGAGAUCAGUGUGAUACCAAUCAAGAUCGAGAUGGUGAUGGGCACCAAGAUUCCCGUGACAAUUGUCCAUCAGAUAUUAAUAGUUCACAGCUAGACACAGAUAAGGAUGGUUUAGGAGAUGAAUGUGAUGACGAUGAUGAUAAUGAUGGCAUCCCAGAUACUGCACCACCAGGGCCAGAUAAUUGCAGAAAAGUACCAAAUCCAGACCAAGCAGAUUCUGAUGGCAAUGGUAUAGGUGAUGCUUGUGAAGGUGAUUACGACAAAGACAUGGUGGUCGAUAAAGUUGAUGCUUGUCCAGAUAAUGCUGAAAUUACUCUAACAGACUUCAGAGCUUUCCAGACAGUUGUUUUGGACCCAGAGGGAGAUGCACAAAUUGAUCCAAACUGGAUUGUAUUAAAUGAGGGAAUGGAAAUUGUCCAAACAAUGAAUAGUGAUCCCGGACUGGCUGUUGGUUACACUGCAUUUAAUGGAGUAGACUUUGAAGGAACAUUUCAUGUGAACACAGAAACAGACGAUGAUUACGCUGGUUUUAUAUUUGGAUACCAGGACAGCUCCAGCUUCUAUGCAGUUAUGUGGAAACAGAUGGAACAAACAUAUUGGCAGGCGAAUCCCUUUCGAGCUGUGGCUGAACCUGGCAUUCAGCUCAAGGCUGUCAAGUCUACUACAGGGCCUGGGGAACAACUUAGGAAUUCCUUGUGGCACACAGGAGACUCAGCCAACCAAGUCAGACUACUAUGGAAAGAUCCCCGAAAUGUGGGCUGGAAAGAUAAGACAUCAUACCGCUGGUUCCUGCAAAAUAGACCUUCAGUAGGAUACAUAAGGGUCAAGUUUUUUGAGGGUCCUGAGCUGGUAGCAGACUCUGGGGUCAUAAUUGACACUACAAUGAGAGGAGGACGUCUUGGAGUCUUCUGUUUCUCUCAGGAGAGCAUAAUUUGGUCCAACCUAAGAUAUCGUUGUAAUGAUACAAUACCAGAUGACUAUGAGACAUUUAAGGAUCAGAGGAGAAAAGCCUGA